CAUGAGAAUUUGUCAAACUUUUUGUGAGACCGGAACAGGAAGUACAGGUAUGACGUAAUUAUGCGCAAAGUGCGUGCUUUCAUUUGCGCGAUCACAGAUUAAGCAGACGAUUUGAGACACACAGGUUCUACUAGAUUUCUACUCCAAUUGCAGAUUUGGUUGCAAAAGUGAGUGAAACAUGGCAUUGGAGUAUAUUCUGGAGAUCAUUUCCCUUCUUCUCGGUGAUUUCCAAACAAAUUAUGAAUGGCUAGAAUCAAGUGUACCAAGCUGUGACUCGAUACACGACAGAGCUGCAACCUGGAUUGGACUACUUCAAACACAGUUUGUUUCAAGUCUUAAUAUGACAAGUAAUCUUAGCAAAUCAGCUUUUACUAAGAUAUGGGUGCAUGCUCAAUCGUAUGAUUGGCAAACUCAUUUUCAGCCAAUUGUAAUGGCUUUCCAUUGGCUAUUCGAUAACAGUGCUAGUAUUGGUUCCUUCAUCGGCAUGAUUCUGGCAAUAUUGAUGGGUGGAUACAUUCUCAUAACUUCAAUUGCGACAGUGAUGCUUAUUUUGUUGGGUGCUGAUUCAAAGAAGGAGGAGACAGACAAUCCGAAUUCAUGUGAUCAUACACCAGCUGAGCACUCCACGUUGAGUUUGUUCGAUCUCGCAAAGACAGCCUACGAACCCGGUCAUACGGAGGCACUGAUAAAAAAGCUUGAACUUUCCAGUUAUGACAUCAACUUUGCACUUCCAUCAAAUGGCUUGUCGUUAUUUCUUUGUUCAUGCCUUAGUGGUCAAAGACGCCUGAUACGCUACCUUUUAAAGUACGGAGCUGACUUGAAGGUGUGUACUAAGGAUGGAGACUCUGCGUUCUACCUUGGUACAUAUGGCGUGUUAAACUCAACAGACAAUGACAUAGCUGUCCUCAAAGAUCUGCUGGCGGCAGGAUGUAAUGUGAACCAGAGAAAUAACAGAGGAUAUACAGCUUUACACAGAGCUGCUAGCAAGGGUAACAAAGAUGUAGUGAAAUUCCUACUUGAAAAUGGGGCUGAUCCUUACAUAAAGAGCAGAUCUGGUGUAUAUCCUAUUGAUAGUGCAACCAACGCAGGUCACCUUGAAGCUGCAGAGCUGUUGGAGAUCAGCGUGAAGGACAGUAAUGUUUGGGAUGAUGUUGAUCCACAUACGCCAGUUAAAGCUUCUCUUGGGCUCAUGAGUCCCAAACGCAAGCACCUUGUUGAAUCUACAUUCCAGGGUUCCAGGAUGCGCACAAGGCAUGAUGUCUUUUCAUGUGAAACAUAGACGUAAGAUACCGUGUAGAAGCAAAGAACAUGAAGGAUGUGAAUAAAUCAGAAAACCAGCGCUAUGAAGUAAUAACCAUAUUUAAAGUAUGAAUUGAAGAGUGGUUUGGGGAAUUGAUGAAAUACCCAGGUGAACUAAAACUAUCAAUACCUAAUUGUAACUAAAAUACAGACUUGACAUCUGAACAAAAAGUUGUCAAUUCUUUGAAAAAUGUAGAUGAACUUAGAUGAAAAAAGUCAAAUAAUUAUUUAUAUCUCUACACUGUUUUUACAACAUCGUUAGUAUGCCAUGUUUAUAUUGUAUUGUUGUAUUAACCUAUUUUAUAAUUCAUAUUAAUUGCAUAUUAAAAUAUAACAGAUAAAAUGAAACUACAUUCUGUCAAUCAAAUAUUUC